GUACCGCCUGUAUAAGAAGAGCUGCGUGAACUUGAAACAGCACGUUGUAUUUUGUCACAGAGACAGCGAUGCCGGAACCCGCCAAGGCUGCGCCCAAGAAGGGCUCCAAGAAGGCCGUGACCAAGACCGCCGCCAAAGGCGGCAAGAAGAAGAGGAAGACCCGCAAGGAGAGCUACGCCAUCUACGUGUACAAGGUGCUGAAGCAGGUGCACCCCGACACCGGCAUCUCCUCCAAGGCCAUGAGCAUCAUGAACUCGUUCGUCAGCGACAUCUUCGAGCGCAUCGCCGGCGAAGCCUCCCGCCUGGCGCACUAUAACAAGCGCUCCACCAUCACGUCCAGGGAGAUCCAGACCGCCGUCAGGCUGCUGCUGCCCGGGGAGCUGGCCAAGCACGCGGUGUCGGAGGGCACCAAGGCGGUGACCAAGUACACCAGCUCCAAGUAGCCGCUGCUGCGACCGCCUCAAAACAAAGGCUCUUUUAAGAGCCACGCACUGAACUAAAGGCUGAUCGUCCUGUUACGUCAUCUUUCUCUCAACAAUCGUGUUUGAUGUUAAUUUAAAAUGGGGGCGCGUUGGGAGCAACGCUUCUGAGCGCUGCUUUCUGUUUCUAGCCAUUGCUUCGCUAAUUUACUCAUUAAAGACAAUCAUCUUUGUCGCGCGCAGAGUAACAAGAAACGCGGGAGAUACAAUUUAACGUAGAAAACUCAUUUAGAACUGAAAUUUUAUAUAAGUAUCCAGUUUUGAUAAAUAAUGGUCCUUUGCUUCUGUCUGAAGCCCCACCCCUGUCUCCAGUCACGUCCUCAUACAGGCACUAUAAACCAGUCUCUUCUAGCGCUGGAGAACAAUCGUAAGUGGGCGGGGCGAGGGCGGAAAUCCCUCCCUUCCCUUGGCAAAGAGGACUUUGGAUUGGAGCAGAGGGCAACGUAGCAAACAGGACCAUUCAGAUCAAACGAGAUAAACAUGUUGGGCUAUUUUUAUAUGAACAGGAAAUGUAGUGAGGAAAAACUAUUCUAUUAUCCCUCCUUGCAAAAAAUCCGUACAUAAUAGAGCAGUAGCUUCUUCCAGUCCCAGGUCUUUCAAGGUGUUCCAGACUUCCUGUGUCCUGUAACAGUUGAUUAGUAAAUGUAGUCGAGUCUUAUUCACGUGGAACCGUUGGGCAGAGUGUCCAAGAGCGACUUUGUCCAGUGUGUUUCAGUGUCUAACAAUGAGUCCCGUUCCAUAAAGCCUGUUUGUGUCUGUUUUUCUCCGUUUACAAUCUCUGAUUGUAUCGUUUUUUUUCCUAAUAAUAAUAAUAAAAUAUUGAUUCCAGCUUAAUUUUUUACUUGGUUAAUAAAGUUUGAUUGUGAAGAACA